UACGUCACCGUGUAAAACGUGAUGCCGUGUGGUUUCUGAUAUCUAUUUAUGUCUUCUCAAGAGUAGUUUAUACACUUUACUUCAUCGAUCUGAAAUGAGUACACAGAAAGGCGCUGUGUCUCGAACCCGAGGCCAAAAAUAUCAGAACGCGACAGCCUUUAAGAAUGAUAAAUACGGCGCGACCCCGCAAGUGAAGAAAGCCAACGCGAAGGUGCACGAGGGUGUGUGUCAGCGCUGUAAGGACAUCCUGGAGUGGAAGGUCAAAUACAGCAAGUACAAGUCUCUCACACAACCGCGCAAAUGUGUUAAGUGCCUGCAGAAGACAGUGAAGGAUGCCUACUACAUCAUGUGUAGGCCGUGUGCACUCCAGCUGCAGCUUUGUGCUAAAUGUGGGAAGAGCGAAGAGGUGGUGAUUCCGCUGGACAAAAAGGAAGAAGAGGAAGUGGAAGAAGAAGAAGAGACGAAAAGAAACAGGAGGAGAAAAAAACAAGACAACAAUGAAACAGACGACGAGGACGAUUUGGAUGAUUUUGGGGAAAUGGACAGCGAUUGCGAUUCUGAGGAGACAGAAAAAUAAGCAGAAGUUGUGUCCGGUAGUGACGAACCUCAGUGUCAUGAGCAUGAUGAGUGAAGAAUAGGUCUGUGGAAAACUCAGCUGUGCAGAAUGGAUUUUUAAAAAACUGUGAAAGGAUGAAGAUUAAACGGUCUGGGGAUUUAAACUUGCAACCUUCCACUGGGACGCUAAUACAGAGCUACUUCCAGUAAUUAUUCUGUUUUAUGUUAAAUGUUACUAAUUUCUUCUCAGUUGUGCAUUGAAUCACAUGUCAGAUCUUACAGGAAAAAGGUUCCAGUCAUUUAAAUACAGAUUUUCUUGUAUUUAUCAUUUGUACUACAUUUUUCUUUGUAAAUUUAAGUAAAAACAGUUUUUAAAAUCA